AAAGUCCACCCUAGAUAACUGGCAGUGUUCAGGAAACUUCUUCUGCUCACGAGUGCAGCGUGACAGAGACAUUGCUCAUGGUCACCGCUUUUCAUUUGGCUUUCCUGCUGUUAUUAACACUUACAGAAUAAGAAUAAGAGCGAACACGGGAUUAUAUUACAGUCUAACAACCACUCGGGAAGUUUCAGGUUCAUCUGGAAAGCCUGACCAUGCUCAUCAGACAGAGGGCGCUGCUUACUUUCUGUUUCUGGUCGACUUUGACUGUGAGCAGGGAGGAGCAGAGCAUUUACAGAUCUGUCACCACUCCAAACGAGGCAUAUUUUGCAGAAACUUUCGACACAAGCCCAUUGGAUAGAAAAUGGGUUCUUUCCCAAUCACUGAAAGAAGGAGACUUGGACAUUUAUAAAUAUGAUGGUGAGUGGCUUUUAGAAGAGUCUAAGAAUCAAGCCUCACCAGGAAACAAGGGCCUUGUCCUUAAGUCUCCUGGCCAUCAUCAUGCUAUUUCGGCAUACCUACGGACAGUGUACCACUUCAGAGAAAAACCUCUGGUCCUACAGUAUGAAGUUUUCUUCCAAAACGGGAUUGACUGUGGAGGAGGCUACAUAAAAUUGCUGUCUCAUUCAGACGACCUGCGUUUGAGUCAAUUUAACGAUGCCACACCAUACACCAUUAUGUUUGGUCCAGACAAAUGUGGAAGUAUAUACAAAGUGCAUUUCAUCUUCUGCCACCGGAACCCACUGACGGGGAUGUAUGAGGAGAAACAUGCCCGGCAACCUGAGACUGACCUGAGUGACUAUUUCACUGACCACAGCCCUCAUCUCUACACUCUCAAUUUGUAUCCUGACAACACAUUUGAAAUCCUCAUCGACCAAACACUAGUCAAUAACGGCAGUCUCCUAGAGGACAUGGAUCCCCCAGUGAUGCCUCCCCGUGAGAUAGAGGACCCGGAAGAUACUAAACCCUUUAACUGGGACGAUAGGCGUCAUAUUCCAGAUCCCACUGUAACAAAACCCCAUGACUGGGAUGAAGAAGCUCCUCGGCUUAUUGCUGACCCCACAGUGCAGAAACCUACUGGCUGGAUAGAAGAAGAAGAGCCCUUUAUCCCAGACCCAGAGGCUCAGCCUCCAUAUGACUGGUCAGUGGAGAUGGAUGGGGAGUGGGAAGCUCCUCUCAUUGCUAACCCUGCCUGCUCCCAUGCUGUCGGCUGUGGGCCAUGGAAGCCUCCCAUGGUGCCCAACCCAGCAUAUAAGGGGAAAUGGAGACCACCUAUGAUUGACAACCCAAAUUAUCAGGGAAAAUGGCAGCCACGUAUGAUCCCUAACCCGGCUUACUUUGAGGACCCUCAGCCAUUCAGAAUGAGUCCUGUGUCUGCAGUAGGCUUUGAGCUGUGGUCCCUUACUGGAGAUGUGCUCUUUGACAACAUCCUGCUCUGUGACGACCUUGAGAUUGCCAAACGCUGGACAAAGGACACCUGGGGACAAAGGCAGACAAAGGGAGUUGUGGAGCGGUUACUAUUUGCCACAGGAAAGCAUCCCUGGCUCUGGGGUGUGUACGUCUUCACCGUGGGCCUUCCCAUCAUCCUCUUCAUCAGUUUCAUGUGGCCUGAUAAGCGAUUUGGCCCCUUGGAUCAGGAUUAUUAUUACAAAAAAUGUGAUGAGCCUCAGCCAGACAGUCCACAGGGUCCAGAGGGCCACAAGAGUUCCACUGACUAUGGACCCAACAGCUCUAGCGGCCUGAGGAAACGGGAAAUCAACACAGCACAGAAAAAGUCUGACUUGGAGUUAAAGGCCUUCAAAUGAUGCAAGCUAAACCGGGGACCUUCUUCGUGGUUUACUGAACCUGGCAUGGAUAAAGCAUUAGAAAAUAAAACAUGAAUGGUUUCUGAAUGUUUGAGCCCCCUAAGCAACAUCCUACUUAAAGUAUCCUAAACUUGAAAACAAUUCAAAAGACACUCCAGAGGGAAAAAUACCUUUUUUUUCAUUUACUUUUUUUUUUUUUUUUUUUUAAAUAGUGAUCAUGUGACUUUCAGAUGAAGUCUUGUGAUGGGAUAGGAAAUGAAUUUUGUAAGGCAGGAUCUUGUGAACUGUAACAGAAGUAUGUUUUGUUUUCCAAAGUCCCUGUUUCAAAUAAAGCUAACUUUCACUUUCAGAGUCACAUGAAA